CGGGCGAGCGCUGCGGUUCCUCCCUCCUGCUUUCGGGAAGCGGUCGGGGCUACACGCUCGGCUCGGCGGGGCGGCCCUGGCGCCCGGCUCCCGGUGCCCGGCCGGCUGGAGGAGGAGGGCGGAGGCGGACGGGCGGGAGCGGAGCGAGGGGCGCACGUCCGCCCCAGCGCUGGGAUUUCUCGGCUUGCGAGGAGAGCGGAGCAGGCGCGCGGCCCAGGCGGAGGAGCGCUGACUCUGGAGCAGCCGGAGCUGGAGGAGGAGGAGGAGGAGAGGCGGCGGGGAAGGAGGAGGAGGAGAGGCGGCGGGAAAGGAGGAGGAGGAGGAGAGUCGCUCCCGCCCGGCGAGCAUGGGGCGCCUGGCGCCGAGGCCUCUGCUGCUGGCGCUCCUGUCGCUGGCUCUUUGUCGAGGGCGUGUGGUGAGGGUCCCCGCGGGGAGUCUGGUGCGGGUGGUGGGCACUGAGCUGGUCAUCCCCUGCAACGUCAGCGACUACGACGGCCCCAGCGAGCAGAACUUUGACUGGAGCUUCUUGGCCUCGGGCAGCAGCUUCGUGGAGCUCGCCAGCACUUGGGAGGUGGGCUUCCCCGCCCAGCUGUACCGUGAGCGCCUGCAGAGGGGUGACAUCGUGCUGCGGCGGACGGCCAACGACGCCGUGGAGCUGCACAUAAAGAACGUCCAGCCCUCAGACCAAGGCCACUACAAGUGUUCCACCCCCAGCACGGAUGCCACCGUCCAGGGCAACUAUGAGGAUACAGUGCAAGUUAAAGUGGUGCCGGAUGCUCUGCGCGUGGCCGCCGGCCCGCAGCCCUCCCCGGGCCCCAGCCUGCGCGAGGGCGAGCCCUUCGAGCUGCGCUGCUCGGCCUCCACCGCGUCGCCGCUGCACACGCACCUGGCGCUGCUUUGGGAGGUGUGGCGCGGCCCCGCCCACCGGAGCAUCCUCUCCCUGACCCACGAGGGCAGGUUGCGGCCCGGCCCCGGCUACGAGCAGCGCUACCGCAGCGGGGACGUGCGCCUGGACACCGUGGGGAGCGACGGGUACCGCCUCUCCGUGUCGCGGGCCCUGGCCUCCGACCAGGGCUCCUACCGGUGCAUCGUCAGCGAGUGGAUCGGAGAGCAGGGUAACUGGCAAGAAAUUCAAGAAAAAGCCGUGGAUGUGGCCACCGUGGUGAUCCAGCCAACAGUUCUUCGAGCCGCUGUGGCCAGGAAUGUGUCUGUGGCUGAAGGAAAGGAGCUGGACCUGACCUGCAACAUCACAACGGACCGAGUGGACGACGUCCGACCCGCGGUGACGUGGUACUUCAGCAGGACGCCUGACAGCACCUUGCCCGGCCCCCAUGUGUUGGCUCGGCUGGACCAUGAUUCCCUGGUGCACAGCUCUCCUCACAUGGCCUUGAGUCACGUGGAUGCACGCUCCUACCAUUUACUGGUUCGAGACGUUAGCAAAGAAAAUGCUGGCUACUAUUUCUGCCACGUGGCGCUCUGGACACCCGGGCACAACAGGAGCUGGCAUAAGGUGGCAGAGGCCAUGUCGGCUCCAGCUGCUGUGGCUGUGACCUGGCUAGAACCAGACUAUCAGGUGUACCUGAAUGCUUCUAAGGUCCCUGAGUUCUCAGACGACCUCACCAAGCUGGAAUGCCGGAUAGUGGAUGUGGGGAGCACCGAGGCGAGCGUCCGUUUCACGGUGUCCUGGUACUACAGAGUGAACCGGCGCAGCGAUGACGUGGUGACCAGCGAGCUCCUUGCGGUCAUGAACGGGGACUGGACCCUGAAAUACGGAGAGAGGAGCAAGCAGCGGGCCCAGGACGGAGACUUCAUUUUUUCUAAGGAGCAUACAGACACGUUCAAUUUCCGAAUCCAAAGGACUACAGAGGAAGACAGGGGCAAUUAUUACUGUGUUGUGUCUGCCUGGACCAAACAGCGUAACAACAGCUGGGUGAAGCGCAAGGACGUCUUCUCCAAACCUGUCAGCAUAUUUUGGGCAUCAGAAGAUUCCGUGCUUGUGGUGAAGGCAAGGCAGCCCAAGCCUUUCUUUGCUGCCGGAAAUACAUUUGAGAUGACUUGCAAAGUGUCUUCCAAAAAUAUUAAGUCGCCACGCUACUCGGUUCUCAUCAUGGCUGAGAAGCCUGUUGGGGACCUCUCCAGUCCCAACGAAACCAAGUACAUCAUCUCCCUGGACCAGGAUUCUGUGGUGAAGCUGGAGAACUGGACAGAUGCCUCGCGGGUGGAUGGAGUUGUGUUAGAGAAAGUGCAGGAAGAUGAAUUUCGCUAUCGAAUGUACCAGACUCAGGUCUCCGAUGCAGGGCUGUACCGCUGCAUGGUGACAGCCUGGUCCCCUGUUAGGGGCAGCCUGUGGCGAGAAGCAGCAACCAGCCUCUCCAAUCCUAUUGAGAUAGACUUCCAAACCUCAGGUCCUAUAUUUAAUGCCUCUGUGCACUCGGACGCGCCAUCAGUCAUCCGGGGAGAUCUCAUCAAAUUGUUUUGUAUCAUCACUGUUGAAGGAGCAGCCCUGGAUCCAGACGACAUGGCCUUUGACGUGUCCUGGUUUGCGGUGCACUCCUUCGGCCUGGACAAGGCUCCCCUCCUCCUGUCGUCCCUGGAUCGGAAGGGGAUUGUGAACACGGCCCAGAGAGACUGGAAGAGCGGCCUCAGCCUGGAGCGCGUGAGUGUGCUAGAGUUCUUGCUGCAAGUGCAUGGCUCCGAGGACCAGGACUUUGGCAACUACUACUGUUCCGUGACUCCGUGGGUGAAGUCACCCACCGGUUCCUGGCAGAAAGAGGCAGAGAUCCAGUCCAAGCCCAUCUUUAUAACUGUGAAGAUGGAUGUGCUGAACGCCUUCAAGUACCCGCUGCUGAUCGGCGUUGGCCUGUCCACGGUCAUCGGGCUCCUGUCCUGCCUCAUCGGGUACUGCAGCUCGCACUGGUGCUGUAAGAAGGAGGUCCAGGAGACCAGGCGGGAGCGCCGCCGGCUCAUGUCCAUGGAGAUGGACUAACUGGGGCCGGGAAAGGCCGGGACACAGGGACGGUCGAGGAGAAGAGGACAGUGAUCUUUUAACGUGAUGUGUGUUACACUAAAAACCAGUCCUCUCUAAUCUCAGGUGGGACUCGGCGCUCUCUCUUUUCUGCAUGUCAAGUUCUGAGCGCGGACAUGUUUACCAGCACACGGCUCUUCUUCCCACGGCACUUUCUGAUAGAACAAUCGAGUGUGUGUUUUCCCGACAGCGGCUUUUUAAUGGUUAACCUCUGUCUAAUUUUUUUCUCCUACUGGUUUAUAGAUCUCUGGCUUGUGUGUGUUUCUACCUUUUGUUUCGAGGGGUUGCGGUGAGGAAGGGGUGAAGGCGUUCAGAGUUCUUUGUCUCGGGUGAGAACGGAAGGGCCCCGCUUGAGAGCCGGCUUCUGCAUCGGAUGCACGUGCUGAGAGAGCUGCUAAAGGCAACCCUCCACCCCUGCCGAGGGACAACACAGACCAGUGCCGAAGGCUAAUUUGUGGCUUUUACUACCCUCCCCCACCCCCUAUUUUCAGGGGGUUUAGACCACAUUUGAAACCUAAACCUGCAGUCCGUAACUUCCUAUCGAGCCCAAAUGCAUUUUGUUCUCUUUUGGUUUUUUGCUUCUCUGCCCCCUUUCCAUUUCUUUCGUAUCUGCUUUAUGUGCGAGUGCUGAAAUGGCCCUGGAAUUGAGAAUUUGGCUCUCCACCAAGCACCUUAUCUUGCCACCUUAGCCUUAAGAAUGCGUAUGAAGAAAAAUGCACAGCCACCUCUGUCCAAGGCAGUAAGAAGGCCUGCAAGGAAGAGGAAGUUGGGGACAAGGAAAGGAACAGACAGUCACUUCCGUAGUUCGGAGGCCACCGUGCCUCAGGGGGCCCUGGGGAUUGCAGAAGGGGGAUCCUGGGAUUUAGAUGUCUGGAGCUCGUGCCCGGAGGGUCAGUGGUGCCAGGGGUGUGUCAGGCGGAAGAAGCCACCUCUAUUCUCUGUCGCGCCCUUUGUGAGAGGCAAAGGCCUUGUGGGUCUGCAGGGGGAACCACGGACACCCCACAUCCUUUGUGGGCUGCGUGGGCUCCUUAAUGUGGAGGUGAAUUGCUGCUUGCAAGACUGACUUCACGGAAUCAGAAAUUACCUGGAAGAACCAUGCAUUUUCUAUGACCUUUUCAGUCCUUCAAGUCUUUUUAAAAUCCCCUGCAGGGGGUUAGUGAGAAAGGGUAUACUCUGUGGUAUGUUUGCUUUCCUAUUAGGAAGACAAAGGAAACCCAGCAAUUUAUAUUGCCAUGUGAACAGCCUACAAAGUAGAUCUGAGAGCAGUCCGUUUUGCCUGAUCACUCAGACCAGGAGAAGGACAACGGACCCAAAGAGAUCUUCCGCUCCCCGAAGUGUCUCCCCCUGCACAGCGCUGGCUUUUCGGAAGCAUCCCAGUGGGGUUUCCUGAGGCUCACUGGUGACUCACGCCCCACAUUGCAGUCCUCUGUGCUUUUAUCCUGGCUCUGAAGGAUCUAAUACUGCUCUGUCUUCCAAAGGGGAGAAAGAUUCGUUUGUUUUGAGCAAUAAAGUAAUACAAAAUGA